AUGGAGGCAAUAAAAAUUCUGUAUCUUCAUAUAUAUGAAGAUGUGAAAACAAACAAAAUUCGAAAGUUGUUAGAAGAUGAAUAUGGAAAAGACAACGUAAUAUCGUCUAAAGAUAAGUCUAAGGCAUUGGAUAUAUUCAUUUUAAUUUUUAUAUAUGUUUUGUGUAUGUGUUGUAUUGUUUUUGUAUUUUACAUCUUAAGUAGAACAACUGAAUAUGCAUACAUAUUAAUACUUCCUGGUGUCCUUUUUACAAUGACUGUUUUUUUCAUUGGAUCAAUAAUCAUAUAUGAGGUGCUUUAUCGUAGGUGUUUAAAAAAAGCUAAUAAGUUGUUUGAGAAAUAUAAGCCUAAUGUGAUUGUUGCUUAUCAGUUUGGGUGCAUUUUAGCUAUGCACCUGACAGGACCAAGAGUGCCCAUGCUGCUAAUAUCGCCAGUUCAGGAAAAUUUAUUUUCAAAAAGAAUACGAAAUGAAGUAAACAUAUCUGAUUUCCCUUACAUAAUAUUUGUUCACUCAACUACGGACCGAAAAAGAAAUUUGAGUAAAUCUUUAGAUUUAAUUGAAUCGUUAGAUAAACGAAAGUAUAGGGUUGAAAUAGUAAAUGAUGACUUUGGCUUAGAAUUAAUAAGCAACUCGGAUUACAAAAAUUGGGUUGAUGAAGUUUAUGCUCAGACUAAAGGGGAUUUAAAACGAGCAUCAAAAAGUGGUAGUACCAUUGACGAGUCUUUGUUCGCAAAUGCAUAG